AUGGCGGCGCUCGGCGUCUUCUGCUUGCUCCUCGGGGCCGUAUCCUGGCCUCCGGCCUCGGCCUCAGGCGAGGAGUUCUGGCCCGGCCAGUCGGCAGCCGACAUCUUGUCGGGGGCGGCGUCCCGCAGACGGUAUCUUCUGUACGACGUCAACCCCCCGGAGGGCUUCAACCUCCGCAGGGACGUGUACAUCCGGGUCGCCUCCCUCCUGAAGACCCUGCUGAAGACUGAGGAGUGGGUGCUGGUGCUGCCCCCCUGGGGCCGCCUCUACCACUGGAGGAGCCCCGACAUUCGCCAGGUCCGGAUUCCCUGGUCCGACUUUUUCGAUCUUCCGAGUCUCAGUAGGAACAUCCCCGUCAUGGAGUACGAACAGUUCAUUGCAGAGUCUGGCGGGCCCUUCAUCGAGCAGGUCUAUGUCCUGCAAGGCUACGCAGAGGGCUGGGCGGAGGGGGCCUGGGAGGAGAGGACCGACAGCCGGCCCUGCAUCGAGCCGCCCCUGUACUCGCAGGACAAGCACGAGUACUACAGAGGAUGGUUUUGGGGUUAUGAAGAGACGCGGGGUUUAAACGUCUCCUGUCUGUCUGUUCAGGGGUCGGCUUCCAUCAUCGCCCCUGUGCUCUUGAGAAACACGUCCGCACGGUCCGUGAUGUUAGACCGAGCCGAAAACCUCCUUCACGACCACUACGGAGGGAAGGAGUACUGGGACGUCCAGCUGGGCUCUUCGCUGGGGGGCCCAUACCUGGGCGUCCACCUGAGGAGGAAGGACUUCACCUGGGGGCACAGGGAGGACGUGCCCAGCCUGGAGGGGGCCGCGAGGAGGAUCCGCAGCCUCAUGAAGACCCACCAGCUGGACAGGGUGUUCGUGGCCACGGACGCCGCCAGGAAGGAGCUGGAUGGGCUCCGGAGGCUGCUGCCUGAGAUGGUGCGGUUCGAGCCCACGUGGGAGGAGCUGGAGCUCUACAAGGACGGGGGCGUCGCCAUCGUGGACCAGUGGGUCUGCGCGCACGCGCGGUUUUUUAUUGGCACCUCGGUCUCCACGUUCUCUUUUCGAAUUCACGAGGAGAGAGAGAUCCUGGGGUUGGACCCCAAGACGACAUACAACCGGUUCUGUGGGGACGAGGAGGAGGCGUGUGAGCAGCCCACGCACUGGAGGAUCGCAUACUGA